CAACGACGAGACGGCGGCAGCGAUAAACCACAGAGCCGGCGGUCUUUUUUAAAAUCUUUAUAUAUAUAUAUAUUGCCGAGUCCGGUCAGAGCCGUUAAGGCCACAUGAGCUCACGGACUGCCUGUGAUCGAUGGUCACGCUUAUCGACAGGGCUGCCGUUGUAGGUUUUCCCGGGUCGCUCGGAUCCAAGAUGGCCGACGAGGCGGCCUGUGAAGACGCGUGUCGCGAGUACCAGUCCUCGCUGGAGGACCUGACUUUCAACAGCAAGCCGCACAUCAACAUGCUGACCAUCCUGGCCGAGGAAAACCUCAACUUCGCCAAGGAUAUCGUCGCUAUUAUUGAAGGGCAAAUAAGCAAGGCCCCAUCUGCAGAGAAGCUUCCCGUUUUGUACUUAGUGGAUUCCAUAGUGAAGAAUGUUGGAGGAGAGUACCUUGCAGUGUUUGCUAAAAACCUAAUCACUUCCUUUAUAUGUGUCUUUGAAAAGGUGGACGAGAACACCAGGAAGAGUUUGUUCAAGCUGCGCUCCACCUGGGACGACGUGUUCCCCCUCAAGAAGCUGUUCGGCCUGGACGCCCGCGUCAACGCGGUGGACCCGGCGUGGCCCAUCAAGCCACUGCCGGCCACCGUGAACGCCAGCAUCCACGUCAACCCCAAGUUCCUCAAGCAGCCCGAGGAGGCUCCCUCUCCACAGCCGGCUCCCGCUAAGCCGGCGCCGGUGGUCCCGGCCCCCCAGCCGGUGCCGGUGUCUGCCGUGGUCCUCAGCCAGUCCAGCCUGACCCAGGAGCAGCUGAUCCGCCAGCAGCUGCUGGCCAAACAGAAACAACUUCUGGAGCUGCAGCAGAAGAAGAUCGAGCUGGAGCUGCAGCAGACCAACGAGCAGCUGGGCGGUGGCUUCGCGAUCCCGUCGGCGGCUCGCGUCUCGUCCUCGGUGAAGUUCUCCGGCCAGCCGUCUCCGGUGGUCCGGUCGUGGGCCCCUCCCCCGACUCCGGCGGACGCCAAGCCGCCCACCAGAGACCCGCGUCUGAACCGCGCCGGCCCCCCGCACAAAGAACUGCAUGCUGGGAAGAAAGACGGCGGCGCCGCCACCGGAAGUCCGGCGGCGACGCCCGAGAAGAGCGCCCGGCCGGACCGGGUCAGAACCCCGAGGAAGGACCCGCCGGACGAGAAGAAGUCCAAACCGCCGUCCCCGGUGACCAAAGGCCCGCCGAGCAAAAACAAGAUGGAGGCCGAGGUCCAGAAGUCGGCCGACGGCACCAAGAAGGACCCCCGGCUGAAGAAGCGCCCGCAGGACAAGACGGGGGACGCCAAGGAGGAGGAGCCUAAGGAGAAGAAGCGCGAGGAGCCGCCGAGGCCGAAGCUGGCGAACGGGUCCAAACACGACCGGGCCGGCUCCGCCGACAAGACCGGCGGCAACGCGCGCACGCACGCCAGGAAGCGCACGCGGUCCCGGUCGCGCUCCCCGCUCGCCGCCGCCUCCUCCUCGGCCGCCUCCUCCUCGGCCGCCGCCUCCUCCCCCAAGAGGAAGGACCGGCGCUCCCCCAAGAGCCGCACCAGGAGCAGCUCCUUGUCGCCCUCGCACAAGGCCGGCAAGCCCAGGAGGGUCGGCCCGGGUCAGGGGGACCGGCCCCCGGCCAAGAAGAACCCCUCGGAGAGCCGCCGGUCCAAGAGGCCGGCGGAGGACCGGCACGCCGAGUCCAGAGACGGCCACGACGGAGGAGGAGGAGGAGGAGGAGGAGGAGGAGGAGGAGGCGGCGGCAAGGAGGCCAAAGAGCCUCCUCACCGCUGGAGGAGCGGCUGGGAGGAGAACAAGCACCCCAAGCUGCCAGAGGACUCCCACGUGAAGCCGCCGCCUCAGAGACACAAGCAGUACGGACCCCCCAACCGCCCCCCCACCCCCCGGACCCCCAAGCACCGCCUCAGCGUGGACGCCAACCUGAAGAUCCCCGAAGUCCUCAACUCGGCCUCCAAGAAGGACAUCCUGCGGCGGGCCAGUAAGCGCCUGCAGAGCGGUGAGAUCUCCCAGGAGGACUUCCUGGACUUGGCCCACCAGCUCAAACACUUCUUCCAGUACCAGGAGGAGAAGCAGCAGCGCUCCGACGGCUGGACGGCCGACGCCAAGAAGCCGCCGGGCUCGCCGCCCCACGACGGCAUGGACGCCGCCGAGCUGUCGUACUACGAGCACAAGUUCAAGCUGAAGAAGACGCAGGUCACCCACCGGGCCGCCGACGAGGCCUGGGAGGGGGAGGAGCCGAAGGCGGGCCCGAAGUACAGCCGGGCGCCGCGGGAACGCCAAGGCGAGCGGAGGAGCAAAGAGCGCGAGGAGCCGCGUCUCAUCGAGGAGUACAACCACGGGAAGGAGUUCCCCGCCCUCAAGUCGCUGCCCAGCCUCCGCUUCAGGAGGAGAGCCGACCCCCGGGAGCCCAAUGAGAGGGAGUGGACCUCGCCGCUGACGGAGCGGCCGCGCUUCGACGAGCGCGACGACCCGAAGAGCGGCUACGACGCCCCGCGGGGCUACGGGGCCACGCCGGCCGACGCCCGCCGGCCAGAGGCCCCGCCCCCCGGCGGCACCGUGGUCCUCAGGAGCUGCCCGAGCCCGGACGCGGCGGCGGCCCCGAGGUUUGAGCGCGAGCGCCUUUCGCCGCUCCACCUGAAGGACCCGGCGGACCUGAGCCCGCCCCCCCGCUUCGAGAGCCCCAACAGCGUGCACUCUGACGACGGGCCCCUGAGCCUGGACCCCCCCGCUCCGCUCCAGGCCCCCAAGUCCAUCCUGAAGCCGGCGGGCCGCGGCGGGCCCCCGGCGGCGGCGCGGCAACACGGCGACUCCCCGGGCCGCACGCCGCCCCACGACGGGGGCCACGACGGGGGCCGCUACGAAGGGUCCGGCCAGAUGGGCCCCGGCAGGCCGAACCCCCCGGGGUGGUACGAGGGCGCCGGUCGCUACGACGACGCGCCGCGCUUCGAAGAGCCUCAGAACCAGGGGGGCCCCGGCCGGUUCAACAGCGGCCCGCAGCACCACGGGCGCUACGACGGGCCGCCGCACCCUCAGGGCCCCGGGCGGUUCGAGGGGCCCGGUCACUUCGAUGCUCCGCGGUGCUUCGAGAGCAACGUGGCCCCCGGCUCUGGACCAAUGGGCUUCCAGCAGCAGAGGCGCUUCGACGGGGCCCCCGGCCCGAUGGGCAACAUGCGCUUCGACGGCGCCGGACCGAUGCGCUUCGACUCGCCCAGCGAGCCCCACCAGGGGGGCCCCCCGCUCUACGAGGGGCCCCUGAGGUACGCCCCCCAACACAACCUGCAGCCCCCCAUGGGCCCGCCCCUCUACGAAGGCCCCCAGCAGUUCAACAUGAACCAGUUCCCCGCCGGACAGAUGGCGUUCCCUCAGCCGGCAGGAAGCUUCAACAUGCAGCCGGCGCCCUUCAGCCAGCCAGGCCCCGCCCCCUUCUACAACCCCAACGCCGCCAUGCAGCCGCCGGCGGCCAUGUUGGGGACCCAUCAGCCGUUCCUCUCUGUUCCUUUUGGACAACAAGCUCCUCUGGCUCCAGAGAACCACUUCGGUCAGGUGGACGUGAACGACCUUCUGUCCAAGCUCAUCUCCAACGGCAUCAUCAAGCCCUCGCAGCCUGAGGCCACGCCCACCGCCGCCGAACCCACUUCCAUGCCGCCGGUAGCUCCGCCCAUGGUGGCGGAGGAGGAGGAAGACGAGCUGGAGGAGGAAGAUGAUGACGACCUCCCAGACCUCACCAGCUUUACCGUGGAGGACAUGAAACAGCGUCUGGAGGCCGUGGUGCUGCGGCUCUACUCGGGGAACCAGUGCUGCCUGUGCAGCUCUCGCUUCACGGCGGCGCAGACCGACCUGUACGCCGACCACCUGGACUGGCACUUCAGACAGAACCACAACGGCAAGACGGCCGGCAAGAGGGUCACACACCGCCGCUGGUACUACGGGCUGAGGGACUGGGUGGAGUUCGAGGAGAUGGCCGACCUGGAGGAGCGAGCCAAGAGUAACUUCUUUGAGAAGGAGAGCGAAGACGAGGUGCAGAAGAGCCAAAGAGGCGGCGGUAAGGAGAAGGGAGGUAAAAGCAGAGUUGCCAGAGCCACUACAGACCAGGUGGGGGAGCUGUGUGAGAUCUGCCAGGAGGCGUUUGAGACCAAGUGGGUGGAGGAGGAGGAGGACUGGUUCCUGAAGGACGCGCUGCGGGUGGACGACAAGAACUUCCAUCCCGCCUGUUUUGAGGAUUAUAAGAACGUGAGUACAGUCAGAAUAUUAAAUAUAAUAAUAAUGGAUGAGACGCUGACCGCGCCUGCUUACAAAACCGAGGAGGAAGAGGAGACGGCGAGCACUUCCUGUGCCGUCGCCGCCAUCAAACAGGAAGUGGAGUCGGGGGCGAGCGAGCUUAUGGAGGUUGAAGGUAAGAAUCCUUAG